CGGGAACCAGGCAAGAUGGCAGCGUCCGGCGGUGAGGAGGAGGUGUGGAACCGGUGGGAUGUGCCUUGGCCUGCUUGUAAUGCCGCCGAAGUCGUGCAGGCCGAACAUGCUGCAGUGAGAUGCCUUUCAGCCGUUCUGAAGAGGUGUUGGGCUGUUGACAGCAUGUUAAACAGCAAAAUGCUGGUUGCAGAACAGAGUCUUCUGCAUUCAAUCAUUUAUAGUUUCCAUUAUCAGAUGAUUCAUCAAAGGGCAUAUGGGAGUCUUAAACAGGUAGAACAAUGCUUGAAGCGUUUAAAUUUAAUGAAUCUGGAAAAGUCAAUUCAAGAAAUUGCUCAGAUAGGCCUCAUGAAACAGGGAUCUGAAAUUUCUAAGGAGUCCUUCAUCCCCAGCCAGCCUGUGAUAGAAGUUGUUCUGGUGAAGAUACUGGGUGGUUGCAAACUUGUACUACGCUUACUUGAAUGUUGUUGUACGGCAUUUAUUUUAGUUGUUAAACAUCUGUGUUUGGAAGAGUAUGUAUUGUUCAAUACUUUGAUACUAGGGUUGCUGAGUCGGCUGUGGAUUCUUUAUAGAGCUGUAUUACAGAACCUUAGUACAUUAUAUAAGGAUCUGUUUAAAUUGCUUCAAGAAGUAGCAAAAAUGCACCAAAGGCCAUAUAUUAAAGGAUUUAUCUUUCCUUCUGAGAUAAAUGAUUUUCUGGGAACCAGUUAUUUAAAAAUUAAGAAGAAAAUGCCUAAAGCAUUUAUAGAAUGGAAAGCUGGAACUGGAUGGAUGAAUAAAUUGCUUUCGGUAAAGAAGCCUACAUCUCAGUCUCAGGUUUUGAGUGUAGCAGUUCCUCCAGUAGUCAAGAAAAAAAAGAAGAAAAGGAGGAAGGGUACCCAAAAUACUUCUGAUAUUGGAAAACCAGUUUUGAUCAACAGAACUAAUCAAGAUCUUACAAAGAAAUUGGAGUUUGAUCUGAAGACCUUAUGCAAAUAUCCUAAUCCUGUGCCACAGAAUUCUAAAUUCAGGGAUGUACUUCCUGAAUCAAAGAGAAUCACAUCUAUUUCUUCUAAAGCCCUGAGAUCUCAGCAUCUUCACUGUUUUGUGUCCAAGUUUAGAGAAGUACAGUCCUUUGAAGAACUAUCUGAAACACUGAAAACAACAAUAACCUGGUGUAAAAGCAAUAAAUUUGGAUCAGGGGCUUUCUUCUUAGGAAUGAAGCUUUUAAAAAGCAAGAGGCUGCAGCAUGUAGAAGCCCAAGGUUGCAGAUUUCAGAGGAAACUUGGCUGUGUUAAAGCCACUAUCUGUAAAUAUCUUACACUCCAAAGUUGCAGACAGAGACCCAUUCAGCUUCUUAGAGCACGUCCCCAGCGGAGUACUAGACUCUCACGGAAGCAGGGCCGUGUUUCACAGAGUAUGUCUAUACGUAGAAAGGGUCCUGUCUCUGAGGGAACUGCAUCUCCUUUCCUUGGUCAGUGCUUUCCACUUUGGACUGCGGACUCCAAUGGUGCAAAGACUUUUGAGGAAAGUAUCCGUGAUGGCAUUCCUGUCCCUGCCGUGUUAGACGGUCACCCUACCCAUAUACAGAAAGAAGCCGCUGAACAGAGAGAUGACAUUGAUGAUAUUUUUAAAGUUAUAGGUCUCUAAGGCUAUCUUCUAUUAAACUGUCAUAAAUG